CCCAUAAUAUCAAAAAAUCCCGACAAAAAUUCCAAAAGAAAUGAUAUCACGGGAUGAUAUUUAGUUUGUUCUAUUAAUUUGUAUUGCCGCGGCCGAGUCCGCUGAAAUUUAAGGCUCAAUUUUUUAAUUCGAAUUAAAGCGGUGCCAUUCAACAGUCGCAACAAUUUUCAACAAUCAAAAUAGUUUAAUAGUAAAAAAAAUGCAUCCGUGAGUGAGGAGUUUUGGCGAAACAGCAGCGGAAGGAGACGAAAAACGGCGAAGGGCGUGCAAGGCAGAAGUAACGGUUCCUGGCGGCGUGUGUGCGAGUGUGUGUAAAAAUGUGCUUGCCGGACGACAAAAGAAACGGGAUGCGAUUGCGGGUGCGGAAUUAAAAUUAAAUUCACACGAAUUUAUGUGCUAGCCGCGUGUUUUUGCGAAUCCUUGGCCUUUGGAAAUUUGCAUCGUUGACGAGGCGGAAUGAAUCGAUGACAAUUUGCUGCUGAUACGGCCACAUCUGCCAGCUGUCUUGGUUCGCCUUCGCCCCCUCUCGCUCGCUCACUCGCAUUAUCCUGUGGAGCCCCAAUAAACAACAACAAAAAGCAGACUUCUUGCCCGAGGCUCGGCAUCCAAUUCAAACUCCAACCAGAUCCAACUCGAACUUGAACUCAAACCGCAGCGAACUCCAACCGGAAAGCCUGCGCAGGAGUGAAAGAGAAAGAGAGAGCGGGAGAGAGAGAGAGAGACGGUGCGCGACCAGGCUCUCCGCCGGCAGUAGGAGUAGGAAAGGGAAAGGACGAGAGGCGGAAGUGGUGACAUCUGUUUUGCCGCUUUGUCAGUUUGCGGAUGCUGCUCCUGCCGAACACGAACGAACGCGAACGAGCACGAACGAACAGGCAGCGCAACGUGAACAAGUGUGGAAAUUGGAAUUUUUAUUCAAAACAAUGCCCCUGCUGCAACAGUACGACACCCCUGAUUGCUCCGGUUCUGGUGGCAACAUGCGAGCCCUGAGCGGAGGCUCCACCACGGAGCUGCUGCAGAAGCACUCGAUAAGCUCCUACCUGGACCACCACCAGCAGCAGCAACAGCAACAUCAGCUGCAACUGCAGCACCACCAACAGCAGCAGCAACUGCAUCACAAUCUGCUGGACAGAUGCAGCGACGAUGGAUUGAUAUCCUUCAUAAACGAUCCAAUCACACUGAACGAUCUACUCGGCUUGUGCGGCGGCAGCACUGCCAAUGGAGGAAUGGUCGGCAUUGGCCAGACCCCAUCGACAUCAGCGCCGAUACUGGGAGCAGGAGGAGGAGGUGGAAGAGCAAAUGGAGUUACAGGAGUGGGAGUUGGAGCUGGAGCUGGAGUUGGAGCUGGAGGUGCAUUACCUGGGUCCGGAGUUGGAUUGAGCCAGAGUGGCGGAGGAGGAGGUGGAGGAGGAGUUUUGGGACAAACCAAUGCCUCGGGCAACCCAUCGGCGGCUAACCCAUCCGCCAGCUUCGGUGGCAACGGCAGCAGCAGCGACGUCAAUAAUCUGCUGCUCGCCAGUGCCGCUGCCGCUGCCGCCGCGGCUGCCGGUGAUGGCGUUCAACUGUCCGCCAAUGCGGCGGCCUACGCUCCGCUGACGCCCAGCUCCACUCAGUCGUCGGCCUCGCCGGGCACCAAGUCCAGUUUUGACUACUUCCAGUUUGAAAAUGUUGCACAAAGUAACCCACUUAAGGCUUUCCAAAGAACAAACAUCAGCUUCGAUUGCUCUGCACCCUUAUCGCCAAGUACGCCUACAUCUAUUUACAAUCGCUCCUUUCACAGUUCACCUUUAGUCAGCGACAGCAGCAACUCGUCCAGCGGCAUUGGCCUAUCCAUGGACUCCAUCAACAUGCUCUACCACAACCAGCAACAACAGCAGCCGCAGCAGCAAGGUUACUCCAGCCUGGGCAACUCCAUGGGCAGCGGAUUGGGACUUAGUUUGGCCAACGCUUCCACACGCUCCAACUCGCCAGAGAGUCAGAACAGCAGCCAGUCAACCACUGAACCCAACCUACUGGACAUGAUUAAUUUGCUGUCUGUAAAUAGCAACAAAGUGCAGCAUCAACAACACCAUCAUCAACAACAGCAGCAACAACAACAACAGAAUCAGCAGCAAAUGCAGCUACAGCAACAACAUCAGCUGCAGCAGCAGUACGUCAACCUAAACAGGAACUACGAGCAGAUAGCUGCCAAUUUAGGUAGCCAACAGAAUGGCUAUGAGCACAACGGCGUGGGUGUCGGAUCUUCCAGAGGUGACUGCCUUAGCCAGUACAAUGUGGAAAGCAUCGGCAGUGUGGACAUGGAGCUGGCCAAACUGCAGAAUUUGCAACGCAUCAACACGCUAAAGCUGCUGCAGGCCCAAACGCAACAAAUGCCGCUGAUCAAUCAGCUCCUGCAGAGCUAUGCCGGCAGCACCAUAACCAGCGUCGCUGGAAGCAAUCUGAGCAGCCUGAUGAGCUCAGCAUCGUCACAAGUGACAGAUAUGUCGGGCUACGUUGGCAGCAUAGGAACCAUCAACGAUAGCCACCUGGAUCGCGUGGCCAAGUUCCAUAGGACUUCGGCUGCCUUGUGCGAUGCCACAUGCACAUGGAGUGGUCAGCUGCCGCCGCGUUCGCAUCGUAUGCUCAACUAUUCUCCCAAGGUUUUCCUCGGCGGGAUACCCUGGGAUAUUAGUGAGCAGUCGCUCAUCCAGAUCUUCAAACCGUUUGGAUCUAUUAAAGUGGAGUGGCCCGGCAAGGAGCAGCAGGCGGCUCAGCCCAAGGGCUAUGUUUACAUCAUAUUUGAGUCGGACAAGCAGGUUAAGGCGUUGCUUUCGGCCUGCGUGGUUCAGGUGGAUGACUCUCACAGUGGUAACAACUACUUUUUCAAAAUCUCUUCGCGGCGUAUUAAGUCCAAGGAUGUUGAGGUCAUUCCGUGGAUUAUCGCUGACUCCAAUUUUGUGCGAUCCAGCUCCCAGAAACUUGACCCAACGAAGACCGUGUUUGUGGGCGCCCUGCAUGGUAAACUGACUGCUGAGGGCUUGGGAAAUAUCAUGGACGAUCUUUUCGACGGCGUGCUGUAUGCUGGUAUUGAUACGGACAAGUACAAGUACCCGAUCGGAUCGGGACGUGUGACUUUUAGCAACUUUCGCUCCUACAUGAAAGCUGUCUCGGCCGCCUUUAUCGAGAUUAGGACCACGAAGUUUACUAAGAAGGUGCAGGUGGAUCCCUACCUAGAGGAUGCCUUGUGUUCCAUAUGCGGAGUGCAGCACGGUCCCUACUAUUGUCGGGAAUUAUCGUGUUUCCGAUACUUCUGCCGCAGCUGCUGGCAAUGGCAACACAGCUGUGACAUCGUCAAAAAUCACAAGCCCUUGACACGCAACUCCAAGUCGCAGAGCCUGGUUGGCAUCGGACCAUCCGCGUCGACGGUUUCGUUAUCCUCCUCUGGCCACAGAAGUAACAGUGACAACAAGAUGGGGAAUGGUCCGCAGUAUCAGCACCAGCAGCAGAAGCACCAUCAGCUGCAACAACAACAGUCGCAGCCCCACAAUCUCAACCAGAUGGGAAACUCAGGAGCUACCAAUGCCGCUGCCACACCAACGUUAACUUUUCAGCAGCGGCAACUUAUGAAGGAGCGGCAGCAGCAGCAGCAGCAGCAUUAGGCGAUCUAGACUGCUACGGCUUUUAUCCGCACCGUUUUAACGGAUGUUUCUGCAAUCUAAUGUGCGAGACUUUGGACUUUUAGGCAAUGUAGAAAUAUGGCGGAGAUAGUUUUCUUGCAGCCGAUGGAGACCCGGGCUCAUCAUCGUCAUUAUCAUUGUAAACACAGUUUUAUUGAUGUGUAUAUUAGAUCGGUACGAUACGAAGCUUACACUUUCGAGUUUCCUUUAAGGUAAUUAGUGUUAGACGACUUCCCCAAACCGAACACCCUCGAAUCGAAACAAAAGACCCCCAUUCAUAAUAUUUUUUGAUAAUCAUGCUUACAUAUCAGCAUUUGGAGCUGGCAUUCGAAUGCUAAACGAAUGAUACAUGAAAUGAGCAAUUUCAUUUACUCACACCCCUCAUACAAAUACUACUCAAGUUACUUUUUGGCUAAGAAAGCAGUUAUUAAUUCAUAAUUUGUAAAUGUCUAAUUUUAAGCGAACGAAACCGCGCGGCAAAUGGCUAUUGAACUUGAAGGUAUCUCGACCAAUUUUCCGCGCUGCGAGUUUAGAAUCACGAUUUUUGUUAUGUUUUGCGCUAUUACUGAGGAAUUUUAUGUAGUUUCUUUUUACAUAGCCAAGCCCCCGACUCGAGUUAAUAUGAUAUUAUAUUAUUUGGAUUGUCCGUUAAGCGUUUAUCAGGGAAUUUCAAUUUUUAAGAAAACAUUUUAAAAAUUGUAAAUUCGUUUAACUCACCAGUCCCCCAAUUUUUGUUACUCAUUGAAUUGUUACACACCUGAGUUAUUAUUAUAUAUACUGUUUAGUUUUUUUUGUUUCGCAUUAGCUUUAAGCGUAAUCCUUGUGAACAUUAACGCAAUGCCUGAUUGAUUGUUGAACUUUGUUUUAAGCAUUUAUCAUUCUUUGGCUUUUUUGGCUGUUCCAGUUUUAGAGCUAAUCGGCAAUAAGCAUAUAAUUUAUGUCUACAUUAUUUUUCAUGUAUUUUGAGAAAGGAUCUCUCCAGCGCUUAUCUAGAAAACUAUAGAAAACACACAAAAUGUAUGUAUACAAAAAUAUUACAUAUUGUACAUUACAAGGCUUUAUAUAAUUUAAAUCUUUAUAAGUUUGUAAACCUACACAGAAUAGGAAAAAAAUUACCUAAGUCUAUACCUUAAACGCGAAUUGAUCACUAAAUGAUAAAGAACGCAAACACGUAUUCACCAACAAAACAAAUAUACAAAACGCUAUUGAA